AUGCAGCGGAGAGCCCUCCAACAGCUUUUCCGCAGCCGACCACACCUGCAACAGAGCUUCCGUCAGCUUCACCAGACCUCGAGACAGCAGUUCCGCACGAGACCGGUACAGACACAGCCAUUGAACCAAUCAAUUCCCUGGCGCCAACAGAAACGCAACUUCACAUUCCGCCGCUUCGCCUCGACCUCGACAGAAACCGAAAACUUGUCACUCGGGCAGCGCAUGAAGAAGCUGUCGCGAGAGUAUGGCUGGUCAGCGGUCGGCGUGUACUUUGCGCUCAGCGCGGCGGACUUCCCAUUCUGCUACCUGUUGGUCAGAUGGGUAGGGGUAGAAACUAUUGGGCACUGGGAGCAUGAGAUCGUGACGUGGUUCAAGAAUCUGGUGUCGUGGCCAGUGUCAGAGACUGCUGGGGAUGAGGUGAAGGCGGGCGCGGAGCAUGCGGUUGAGAAGGUUGAGGUGGCCGUUGAAGAUGCUACUGGAGAGGAAAAGAGGGUGUUGGAGGAGGAUAGUACGUUUGUGGACCAUGGGUAUCGGGAGGCGGAGAAGGCGAAUAUGGGCGCCAAUGCUAGCAUUUGGACACAGCUGGCGUUGGCAUAUGCGAUCCACAAGUCGUUCAUCUUUGUGCGGGUGCCGCUCACGGCUGCGGUUACACCUAAAAUUGUAAAAACACUUCGCUCUUGGGGCUGGAAUAUCGGGAAGCUGCCGAAGAAAGGCGCCAGCGCGUCGUCUUCGAAGACGGGUGUAAACACGAAAGGCUCGAAGGUCAAGAGCGACGAUUAG